GUCGCAUUGAGAAAGCUAAUAAUUUAAUUCGGAUUCAUCGUUGUUGGUCUCUUUUUUUUCAUCCGGGGUUUUGUGACGUUUGAUGAAGAUGUUUCAUUCGAUCUGUUUUGCCGCCGUUUUGCUCGGUUGCGCAUCGUCUGCUUCGAUACAAUCUGCGCUGUGGGAGAUACAGUCAUGCCCAUCAGACAAACGAAGCUGUAUUAAUGGUUCUGAUAUCGGAUUGGUCGCUUUUGAGCAAGACGAGUAUACCCGGCUGGAGCACGCUGAUGAAGGGCGAUACAAAGACCUGGUAUGCUACCCCGAGAACUUCUGCUCCAUGCGCUGGUUGAAAGACGGUCAGCCCUUACCAUGGGCGUGGUCUGAGGGGAUGGGUUUGACUCAGGAGUAUUGCAAUUCGACGCUCAUCUUCAGGAGGGCGGGGCUUGAAGCGGAGGGCGUGUACACGUGUGAGGUGACGGGUGCAAACGGAACGGUGGUUUCGAGAAAUAUCACGCUCAAAGUUGAAGCUGCGCCGCCCCCUCCUCCACCCAUCGUUGUCGCCGGCGACCUCUGCGCCAAUCACACGGCCGAGCUCGGAUCCGACGUCACCUUCCGCUGCGAGAUCUACGUCGGAGAGAAGGCUAUGGCUUCUAGCUACGCAUAUUGGACCAUGGAGUACCUUGGAGAAUGGGAUUUCCCCGAUUACGUCAGUGAGGAUCUCGAAGGCAUGGCCAUUCACGAAAUUAACACAAGAAGUGAAAGGCCUGGGUACUUGAUGUCAGAACUUCAAAUCGUCAACGCAUCCCGGGAGACGUUUGUCAGAUAUCAACUCCACGCCUCCACCCCAUCACAGAAUUCUGUCACAGACUUUCACCUGGAGCCGGCGAGUUCCCAUUUAUCCAACGACACAAAUGGUAAUCAGCAGACCAAUCACAAUUGGAAUAAAGCAUUAGCAUCUAGCAGAGAGGAGGAAUCGCUACGGUGGUGGAAAACAUUCGGCAUCGUCGUUAUUUGUCUUCUCGUCAUCGUCGUCGUCCUCAUAGUGUUAACGGUGGUCGUCGUUUCCUUCUACAAGCGACGUCUUAUUUUAGCGGACAUGAAGACGCCCUAUGAAUAUCAUAAACAGCUUGACAAUAAAGCGACUGUAACAUAGAUUUUUAAAAUGGUGUCAGUUUUUAAUACAGUACUACAGUGAAAUAUAAAGGAUAUUCCCUAAACUUUGAAACUUUUCUUUUUGGAGGGGGGGGGGAUGAGCAGUUUUAAAGUUGUCCCAUUUUUUAUUUGUAUUUGUAGUAUCCCCACCCCAGUGUUUACCACGGUAAAUAAAGCAUUUCCAUUUAUUUGAAUGGAGGGUAAAAGAGCAGAGGUGCCGUGGCCGGGGACCGAACCCCGGACUUUCCAGGCGCCUCAGACCACUCGGCCACGGCACCUGUGUUGAAAAUGUUUAAAAUCGAUUAUGCAAUUCGUAUCAUAAAAUGUAAAGUUUGAAAGUUUUUACGGUUCAGUCACAAAGUUGUAUGUCCAUGGUGAGACCGCGUUAAGCAGGGCCCCGUUGCAUAUAAGUUACUAUUAUAAUAACUUUGCCAUCCAAUGGUAACUACCAUGGUAACGGUGCUCAUCGGCCAAUCAAAAUCAAGGAUUCAAUGAAAGUUACCACUGGAUGGCAAAGUUACCAUAAUAGUUACUUUUAUGCGACGGGGCCCGGUUGCAGUAUCUGUACAGUGUUUUGAAGUUGCACUGGUUCGUAGGAAAAGAACAAUUUAUGUGAACGCGCGCUCUGGGAAGUUUGAAACCAACCAAUCAGUUGGUUGGGUUGAAAUAUAAAUCUAACAACUGAUGGUUUAAUAAAAUUGCAUGAAAAAUGAAUUGUGAUUUGUUUAACCUAUAGUUGCUCAGUUCAUAUUUUAACCAACUAUAAAAGUAUUUGAAAGUGCGUACUUACUUGUUAUUUGAUAAAUUUGUAAAAAAAUUUGGGGUAUUAAUGUGUGCCAUUCCACCCUCCCCCCAAAAAAAUAUCUGAGAUCCAUGGCGAUAAAUGCUCUAUAAUCUAUGUCUACAAUAUUUUGUAAAGAUUGUUGGAGUAGCCCUUUCCAUGUUUCAUUCUCAACUUCGAUAAUUGUCCAAUUCAGGAUGGGAUUAAAGAAGUCAUGACUUUAAUUUUCUCCAUUUAUAAAAGGAUUGCUUCUUGGAGAAAACUAUCUAAAGACUUUAAGAAAUGACAUCAAUGUAUCUUGAUGUUUUGAAAAAGUUGCCUAGCUGCUUUCCCGUUCCUGGGAACAAUAUCUAAGCAGUUAAUAUUUUGAGCCAAUAUGAUAAUGUUUGUUAUUUCCAUUUCAUAAUCUACCUGUCUAUAUUUUGUAAGAGGACUGGAUUGUGUAUACUUUCCAUUUUAAUUGGGAAAAAUACAAGCAGUGUUAUGUAAAGCCUAUGGCAAUAUUUAUUAUUAUUAUCAAAGUUUUAUGUAAAUGUAUGUGCAUAUCUCCCUGUAUCAUAAUACAUAGCAAAAAAAGCACACAAACAAAACAAACAAACAAACAAUUAUAUAGGGGAUCAACAACGCCAGUCGUUUGUCUCUGGUAUUUAUGCACCAUACACUCUUAAAACAAAUCAGUCAAAUUGACUAGAUCAAUAGUCAGUUGGGUGCAACUAAUAAUAUGUCUAGUCACAUUUCUGACGUAUAUUCUUGUCAGAAAUAAGUCUGUCCUAGUCAAAUACGACUGGAAAAUAGUCAAAUAUGACUAGAAUAAACAGUUGCACCCAACUGACUUGAUUAACUAGUCAUUUUGACUGAUUUGUUUUGACAGUGUAUGCCAUAUGAAAAUUCCAUAAAUUGGUUGUUAUUUUCUUAUCCUCCAUGCUUAAACACAUAUUUUUCAUAGGUAUCGCGGGAUGACUCAAACGUGAGUCUUGAUAGUAAAUGCACAGGUGAAAUUAUCCUACACUCAUUGAAAAAAAUACCUUCUUAUGGAAUUUAUCAAACAUAACAUUUAAGGGAACUGCUCUUACAAAUCUACAACUCAUAACAAAUACAUAUCGUUAUUCUUUCAAGGAUUUUCGUCAUAUCUGCAUGUAUUUAUAUUGUAUUUCUAUUGUUCUGCCAUUUAAACAAAAAGAGGAUGUCAGGGUAUUUUGUUUUCAUUAAUGAUCAAUUAAAAUAGAAAGUGAUGUAGAUAAUUGUCUGUUUUAAGGCAGCAUAGUUCCAACACGUCAUUGGUGUAUUAAUACUUGAAAUUGGCAACAGGACCGGUUUAAAAAAAGGCUUGACAAAAACUCUCCAAUAUUGUAACAUUCAUGCAAAGCCUUGAUUUGAUUGGCUACUGAAUCAUGGUAAUAUCGUGGUAAAAUUACCAUACAAAGCGGUCCCAUGUCAUUUUUACAAAUAAACUGGUACACGUACGUAAAUUAUCAAUUUUGUUUUUACAUUUGGUUCUUAUGAUUUUCCGCAAAUAAUAUACAAUUACAGGGAAAAUGCAUGUAAAAUACUUCUUCAACAUCGUUAUGGGACUUACAAAUGAAACUAAAAAAGUAACCGAAACGUUAUUGUAUUCUAUAUAGGCCUGUAUCGAUAUGUUGUAUGUUUUAAAAUUGGAUAAUAUAAUCUUUGUUCACCAGUGCAAUUUCUUUAUACUAUUUAUAUCGAUCGCAAGUGCUUCAGGUUAUUGAAUUACUGUGUAUAAUUAGUUAGUGUAAGUAUACCCAUCAGGGAAGUGGGAGGCCUAACCUGGUAUGCCUAUAUUUAUCGCAGUGAUAUAUCAUUUUUUUUCUCUCUUGUUAGAAGAAUUUGCAAUGAUUUGUGGAUAAAAAAAUCUAUUUGUUAUAUACUAUCAUUUAUCAAAAUAUUAAUAAACAAACAUUUUUUUAAAUAAAUGUACAGUUGAGGUGUGUUCGCGUUUAAUCUAGUAAUAAUAACUUGGAAUAAUAUGAAUUUUAUACAUGUAGAUAAUUACAUUGUAUAUAAACAUUCCAUUUAAUGGGAUUAUGACGUAUCAAUUUUUAUAUCAAUUUAACGAAAAACUUUAUUUUGAAUAAGCAAGCAAGUAAGAUAAUGGAUGUAAAGAAAUCAUUCAAAAAGUUAUAAAAUAAAUACAAAAUCAGUUGUAAUAAUAGUGGUAGUAGUAGCAGUAGUAUAGUAGUAGUAGUAGUAGUAGUAGUAGUAGUAGUAGUAGUAGUAGUAGUAGUAGUAGUAGUAGUAGUAGUAGUAGUAGUAGUAGUAGUAGUAGUAGUAGUAUCACUUUAAAUGUUAAGGAUUUUAAAAAAUCCAGAUCGGCUUUGAAUAGUGAUCAGACGAAUGUUAGAUUUAGAUUUGAAUAAAAAGCGUAAAGAUUUGAAUUUAAAUCUUUUAUAAUAAAAAAAAGAUUGGUCAAAAUAACCAAUGUGUCUGUGAAUAUUGUGUUCGACCAACAAAAUGUUCAAAAUCAACCAUUUUAUUGGUAAGAAUCAACCAGAAUUCUGGCUAAUAUUAAAAAAAAUUUAUCGAUUGGAUACAUAUUCUUCACCCACAGAUUUGUUAUUUAAACCAAUUCUAUUGUUUGUCUGUAUUUUCUUUUACAAUGUAAACAUUUUUAAACAGCCGUUCGAAAAGUAGUGCUAUAUUAGCAGACAAAGCAUCGUAGAAGCCAAAACUAACAGAAAUGGUGUUACCUACAAAAUAUGCUAUAAGGCAAUAUUUUUGGAUAUUGACUACUGACUAUCACUGAUCUGUAUACAGUUCAGUGACUUUAAUUCUGCCUCGAUUUGGACUAUGUUCCAGUGUUGAGAGAUGUUUUUAUAAUGUAUAUUGAAUUACAAUGGCAUAUUUUUAUAAGCUUGAAAAACAAAAGAAAUAAAAAGAAACGCAAACAAAAA